GGAGAGGUUCUCUAUAGGGCGACCAGAUGUACGUGUUCAUGAGCCUAUAGACGCCAUGUUUGAUGUUGACGGCAUCGACAUGCCUACUUUCGGUCUGUGUUGGACUCGUCGCGAGGUAUGCACCGUGUUGUAGUUUAAUGCAACUUUUUCUGCAGAAGAGAUAGUUCGAUGCUAGCGGCUACUAACUUUUCUUCUCUGCAGAGACGCUUUGCUAGUGAUCAGACCAGGAAGGCAUACACAGCAUUGAACGAGCAGUUCGAUGCGUACACCGGGGUCAUCUGGCAGCCCUACACGGAAGCAGCCAUACAAGCGAGAUACCCUGCUGGUAUGUCUGUGCUAUGCACAAGGGACCGAUAUUACUGGAUGACAAAAUCUAAGAUCAUCUUUGAUGUCUUCGUCGAGGAGAUGGCACAACAGAGGGUUAUGAGGCAAUUUGGUCUUCUGCAGUUGGAGCUACCUCCCCCUAUAGAGAACCCGCUGCCAGCACACAUCCACAGGACGACAAGGAAGGGCAUGAACAGGACAACUGCUGACUGGCUAGUUAGACUAGAGCCGUAUGUUAUAGAAUGGGAGACAGCAAACACAAAUCUAUGGCACGAGAAUCACAAUUUCGAUCUCGAUGAAUUCAAUCUCUAUUUGCGGCGCUACAUGACCGGAACACGGUUACGCAUUGUUGAGUACUCCCACCCAGAGGAGAUACCGGAUCCUACUCCGUCGGAUAUGUACCCGAGCUAUGAUACUUCCGGCUCUAGGCGGCUACCUUGA